AUGAAAGAAUUGAAGCAGUCAAAAGAAAACUACAGCUCUGGAAAGAGUGUGUCUGUGGGGACACUACUGAUAUAUUUGAGCUCUUACAUUCAGGAACGAACCAUUGACUUUGACAUAAUUAAACCUCAGCUAGCAGCGCAUCUGUCUGGUCUGCUUAACAAAUGUAACACUUAUUUUCCCGAAUUCACAACAGAACAAGCUGCUACAUACAUGCAGACUACAAACCUCUUUUGUGAGAACAUUGAAGCUAAACUUCCCUCUGGAGUUCCAUCAAAAUUGUUGGAAGAACUCAUUGACAUUUCGUCAGACAGGUCCCUCAGAACCAUGUUCAAAGAAAUACCACUGGAGACAUUUUGGUGUGAGUGUUCCGAUGAAUACAUCACUGCUUCUUCUGCAGUGCUGAAAGUUUUGAUCCCCUUUAGUAUCACCUACUUAUGUGAAGCUGGAUUUUCAGCCACGACAUCAAUGAAAACAAAGGAGCAGAAGACCAAGGUAGAGAAACCUGCAAUAUAUCCCCAGAGGCAAAAUUACAAGAGCACAGAUGACCCAAACCUUCCUAGUAGCAUAGGGCAAAUAUACCAUGAAUUGGAUGAUAAAAGUAUAGCUUUUGCAACAACCAGUCCAAUAACGGACCUAAGCACUACAGCAGAGACCCAAGCAGAAAUACCAUCCAACAGUACAGCCACAACUGGAUUCUCCACAGAAACAACUCUGCCUUUGUCAACAACAAGCACUAGGGAUGGCCCAGCAACUUUGAACCCCUUAGAAACAGAAUCCAGCACCUCUUAUUCCGCCUCACCUGUAUCAAAGAGUGCUUCUCAGGCAAGUGAGCAAACUGCUUCUAAUGCUGUCAGUGAGCAUGGCUCUACUGCCACAAGUAAUGCACGCACUGAAGAAACAUCCUUUACUCCUUCUGCCACUGUCACGGAAUCCAGCCUGGGCAUUACAUCCACCAAAGGUGCAUUGUCACCACUUACCUCUGAAUCGAAUACACAGGAGGACAUAACAUCUUCCUCUAACCAAAGAACUCUGAACGAUGCAACAGUAACAGACCGGAGCCAUUCCUCACUGCAUUCACCUGCUGCAGAGACACCCAGCACAGAUACAGAGAAGUCAGCUCUUCCAGUGAGCACUGUUAUUCUGAACAGCAGCACAGUGGCACCAACUGCAACAUCCCGUUUCACCACAAAUCUUCCUCCUCAGACAGAGGUUUCUCAAAUCACUGGCAGUAGUAAUACCGUUCCAAAGACAGUACCCGUGGGUAGCACAAGCAGCGAUACAACUGAUACAGAAUCCAACAGCCCACCUGCCCUCACAAAGAAAGUCUCCUCUACUGCUUCUGUAGCUCCUGACUUGGGUGAUAAAAGUACAGCUUUUGUAGGAACCAAUCCAAUGACUCACCUAAGCACUACAGCAGAGACCCCAGCAGAAAUAUCUUCCAACAGUCCCGCCACAACUGGAUUCUCCACAGAAACAACUCUGCCUUUGUCAACAACAAGCACAAGGGAUGGCCCAGCAACUUUGAACCCCUUAGAAACAGAAUCCAGCACCUCUUAUUCCUCCUCACCUGUAUCAAAGAGUGCUUCUCAGGCAAGCGAGCAAACUGCUUCUAAUGCUGUCAGUGAGCAUGGCUCUACUGCCACAAGUAAUGCACGCACUGAAGAAACAUCCUCUACUCCUUCUGCCACUGUCAUGGAAUCCAGCCUGCGCAUUACAUCCACCAAAGGUGCAUUGUCACCACUUACCUCUGAAUCGAAUACACAGGAGGACAUAACAUCUUCCUCUAACCAAAGAACUCUGAACGAUGCAACAGUAACAGACCGGAGCCAUUCCUCACUGCAUUCACCUGCUGCAGAGACACCCAGUACAGAUACAGAGAAGUCAGCUCUUCCAGUGAGCACUGUUAUUCUGAACAGCAGCACAGUGGCACCAACUGCAACAUCCCGUUUCACCACAAAUCUUCCUCCUCAGACAGAGGUUUCUCAAAUCACUGGCAGUAGUAAUACCGUUCCAAAGACAGUACCCGUGGGUAGCACAAGCAGCGAUACAACUGAUACAGAAUCCAACAGCCCACCUGCCCUCACAAACAAAGUCUCCUCUACUGCUUCUGUAGCUUCUGACUUGGGUGAUAAAAGUACAGCUUUUGUAGGAACCAAUCCAAUGACUGACCUAAGCACUACAGCAGAGACCCCAACAGAAAUAUCUUCCAACAGUCCAGCCACAACUGGAUUCUCCACAGAAACAACUCUGCCUUUGUCAACAACAAGCACAAGGGAUGGCCCAGCAACUCUGAACCCCUUAGAAACAGAAUCCAGCACCUCUUAUUCCUCCUCACCUGUAUCAAAGAGUGCUUCUCAGGCAAGCGAGCAAACUGCUUCUAAUGCUGUCAGUGAGUAUGCCUCUACUGCCACAAGUAAUGCACGCACUGAAGAAACAUCCUCUACUCCUUCUGCCACUGUCACGGAAUCCAGCCUGGGCAUUACAUCCACCAAAGGUGCAUUGUCACCACUUACCUCUGAAUCGAAUACACAGGAGGACAUAACAUCUUCCUCUAACCAAAGAACUCUGAACGAUGCAACAGUAACAGACCGGAGCCAUUCCUCACUGCAUUCACCUGCUGCAGAGACACCCAGCACAGAUACAGAGAAGUCAGCUCUUCCAGUGAGCACUGUUAUUCUGAACAGCAGCACAGUGGCACCAACUGCAACAUCCCGUUUCACCACAAAUCUUCCUCCUCAGACAGAGAUUUCUCAAAUCACUGGCAGUAGUAAUACCGUUCCAAAGACAGUACCCGUGGGUAGCACAAGCAGCGAUGCAACUGAUACAGAAUCCAACAGCCCACCUGCCCUCACAAACAAAGUCUCCUCUACUGCUUCUGUAGCUCCUGACUUGGGUGAUAAAAGUACAGCUUUUGUAGGAACCAAUCCAAUGACUCACCUAAGCACUACAGCAGAGACCCCAGCAGAAAUAUCUUCCAACAGUCCCGCCACAACUGGAUUCUCCACAGAAACAACUCUGCCUUUGUCAACAACAAGCACAAGGUAUGGCCCAGCAACUCUGAACCCCUUAGAAACAGAAUCCAGCACCUCUUAUUCCUCCUCACCUGUAUCAAAGAGUGCUUCUCAGGCAAGCGAGCAAACUGCUUCUAAUGCUGUCAGUGAGCAUGGCUCUACUGCCACAAGGAAUGCACGCACUGAAGAAACAUCCUCUACUCCUUCUGCCACUGUCACGGAAUCCAGCCUGGGCAUUACAUCCACCAAAGGUGCAUUGUCACCACUUACCUCUGAAUCGAAUACACAGGAGGACAUAACAUCUUCCUCUAACCAAAGAACUCUGAACGAUGCAACAGUAACAGACCGGAGCCAUUCCUCACUGCAUUCACCUGCUGCAGAGACACCCAGCACAGAUACAGAGAAGUCAGCUCUUCCAGUGAGCACUGUUAUUCUGAACAGCAGCACAGUGGCACCAACUGCAACAUCCCGUUUCACCACAAAUCUUCCUCCUCAGACAGAGGUUUCUCAAAUCACUGGCAGUAGUAAUACCGUUCCAAAGACAGUACCCGUGGGUAGCACAAGCAGCGAUACAACUGAUACAGAAUCCAACAGCCCACCUGCCCUCACAAACAAAGUCUCCUCUACUGCUUCUGUAGCUUCUGACUUGGGUGAUAAAAGUACAGCUUUUGUAGGAACCAAUCCAAUGACUGACCUAAGCACUACAGCAGAGACCCCAACAGAAAUAUCUUCCAACAGUCCAGCCACAACUGGAUUCUCCACAGAAACAACUCUGCCUUUGUCAACAACAAGCACAAGGGAUGGCCCAGCAACUCUGAACCCCUUAGAAACAGAAUCCAGCACCUCUUAUUCCUCCUCACCUGUAUCAAAGAGUGCUUCUCAGGCAAGCGAGCAAACUGCUUCUAAUGCUGUCAGUGAGUAUGCCUCUACUGCCACAAGUAAUGCACGCACUGAAGAAACAUCCUCUACUCCUUCUGCCACUGUCACGGAAUCCAGCCUGGGCAUUACAUCCACCAAAGGUGCAUUGUCACCACUUACCUCUGAAUCGAAUACACAGGAGGACAUAACAUCUUCCUCUAACCAAAGAACUCUGAACGAUGCAACAGUAACAGACCGGAGCCAUUCCUCACUGCAUUCACCUGCUGCAGAGACACCCAGCACAGAUACAGAGAAGUCAGCUCUUCCAGUGAGCACUGUUAUUCUGAACAGCAGCACAGUGGCACCAACUGCAACAUCCCGUUUCACCACAAAUCUUCCUCCUCAGACAGAGAUUUCUCAAAUCACUGGCAGUAGUAAUACCGUUCCAAAGACAGUACCCGUGGGUAGCACAAGCAGCGAUGCAACUGAUACAGAAUCCAACAGCCCACCUGCCCUCACAAACAAAGUCUCCUCUACUGCUUCUGUAGCUCCUGACUUGGGUGAUAAAAGUACAGCUUUUGUAGGAACCAAUCCAAUGACUCACCUAAGCACUACAGCAGAGACCCCAGCAGAAAUAUCUUCCAACAGUCCCGCCACAACUGGAUUCUCCACAGAAACAACUCUGCCUUUGUCAACAACAAGCACAAGGGAUGGCCCAGCAACUCUGAACCCCUUAGAAACAGAAUCCAGCACCUCUUAUUCCUCCUCACCUGUAUCAAAGAGUGCUUCUCAGGCAAGCGAGCAAACUGCUUCUAAUGCUGUCAGUGAGUAUGCCUCUACUGCCACAAGUAAUGCACGCACUGAAGAAACAUCCUCUACUCCUUCUGCCACUGUCACGGAAUCCAGCCUGGGCAUUACAUCCACCAAAGGUGCAUUGUCACCACUUACCUCUGAAUCGAAUACACAGGAGGACAUAACAUCUUCCUCUAACCAAAGAACUCUGAACGAUGCAACAGUAACAGACCGGAGCCAUUCCUCACUGCAUUCACCUGCUGCAGAGACACCCAGCACAGAUACAGAGAAGUCAGCUCUUCCAGUGAGCACUGUUAUUCUGAACAGCAGCACAGUGGCACCAACUGCAACAUCCCGUUUCACCACAAAUCUUCCUCCUCAGACAGAGAUUUCUCAAAUCACUGGCAGUAGUAAUACCAUUCCAAAGACAGUACCCGUGGGUAGCACAAGCAGCGAUGCAACUGAUACAGAAUCCAACAGCCCACCUGCCCUCACAAACAAAGUCUCCUCUACUGCUUCUGUAGCUCCUGACUUGGGUGAUAAAAGUACAGCUUUUGUAGGAACCAAUCCAAUGACUCACCUAAGCACUACAGCAGAGACCCCAGCAGAAAUAUCCUCCAACAGUCCCGCCACAACUGGAUUCUCCACAGAAACAACUCUGCCUUUGUCAACAACAAGCACAAGGGAUGGCCCAGCAACUCUGAACCCCUUAGAAACAGAAUCCAGCACCUCUUAUUCCUCCUCACCUGUAUCAAAGAGUGCUUCUCAGGCAAGCGAGCAAACUGCUUCUAAUGCUGUCAGUGAGCAUGCCUCUACUGCCACAAGUAAUGCACGCACUGAAGAAACGUCCUCUACUCCUUCUGCCACUGUCACAGAAUCCAGCCUGGGCAUUACAUCCACCAAAGGUGCAUUGUCACCACUUACCUCUGAAUCGAAUACACAGGAGGACAUAACAUCUUCCUCUAACCAAAGAACUCUGAACGAUGCAACAGUAACAGACCGGAGCCAUUCCUCACUGCAUUCACCUGCUGCAGAGACACCCAGCACAGAUACAGAGAAGUCAGCUCUUCCAGUGAGCACUGUUAUUCUGAACAGCAGCACAGUGGCACCAACUGCAACAUCCCGUUUCACCACAAAUCUUCCUCCUCAGACAGAGAUUUCUCAAAUCACUGGCAGUAGUAAUACCGUUCCAAAGACAGUACCCGUGGGUAGCACAAGCAGCGAUACAACUGAUACAGAAUCCAACAGCCCACCUGCCCUCACAAACAAAGUCUCCUCUACUGCUUCUGUAGCUUCUGACUUGGGUGAUAAAAGUACAGCUUUUGUAGGAACCAAUCCAAUGACUGACCUAAGCACUACAGCAGAGACCCCAGCAGAAAUAUCUUCCAACAGUCCAGCCACAACUGGAUUCUCCACAGAAACAACUCUGCCUUUGUCAACAACAAGCACUAGGGAUGGCCCAGCAACUUUGAACCGCUUAGAAACAGAAUCCAUCAUCUCUUAUUCCUCCUCACCUGUAUCAAAGAGUGCUUCUCAGGCAAGCGAGCAAACUGCUUCUAAUGUUGUCAGUGAGCAUGGCUCUACUGCCACAAGUAAUGCACGCACUGAAGAAACAUCCUCUACUCCUUCUGCCACUGUCACGGAAUCCAGCCUGGGCAUUACAUCCACCAAAGGUGCAUUGUCACCACUUACCUCUGAAUCGAAUACACAGGAGGACAUAACAUCUUCCUCUAACCAAAGAACUCUGAACGAUGCAACAGUAACAGACCGGAGCCAUUCCUCACUGCAUUCACCUGCUGCAGAGACACCCAGCACAGAUGCAGAGAAUUCAGCUCUUCCAGUGAGCACUGUUAUUCUGAACAGCAGCACAGUGGCACCAACUGCAACAUCCCGUUUCACCACAAAUCUUCCUCCUCAGACAGAGAUUUCUCAAAUCACUGGCAGUAGUAAUACCAUUCCAAAGACAGUACCCGUGGGUAGCACAAGCAGCGAUACAACUGAUACAGAAUCCAACAGCCCACCUGCCCUCACAAAUAAAGUCUCCUCUACUGCUUCGGUAGCUUCUGACUUGGGUGAUAAAAGUACAGCUUUUGUAGGAACCAAUCCAAUGACUCACCUAAGCACUACAGCAGAGACCCCAGCAGAAAUAUCUUCCAACAGUCCCGCCACAACUGGAUUCUCCACAGAAACAACUCUGCCUUUGUCAACAACAAGCACUAGGGAUGGCCCAGCAACUUUGAACCGCUUAGAAACAGAAUCCAUCAUCUCUUAUUCCUCCUCACCUGUAUCAAAGAGUGCUUCUCAGGCAAGCGAGCAAACUGCUUCUAAUGCUGUCAGUGAGCAUGGCUCUACUGCCACAAGUAAUGCACGCACUGAAGAAACAUCCUCUACUCCUUCUGCCACUGUCACGGAAUCCAGCCUGGGCAUUACAUCCACCAAAGGUGCAUUGUCACCACUUACCUCUGAAUCGAAUACACAGGAGGACAUAACAUCUUCCUCUAACCAAAGAACUCUGAACGAUGCAACAGUAACAGACCGGAGCCAUUCCUCACUGCAUUCACCUGCUGCAGAGACACCCAGCACAGAUGCAGAGAAUUCAGCUCUUCCAGUGAGCACUGUUAUUCUGAACAGCAGCACAGUGGCACCAACUGCAACAUCCCGUUUCACCACAAAUCUUCCUCCUCAGACAGAGGUUUCUCAAAUCACUGGCAGUAGUAAUACCGUUCCAAAGACAGUACCCGUGGGUAGCACAAGCAGCGAUACAACUGAUACAGAAUCCAACAGCCCACCUGCCCUCACAAACGAAGUCUCCUCUACUGCUUCUGUAGCUUCUGACUUGGGUGAUAAAAGUACAGCUUUUGUAGGAACCAAUCGAAUGACUCACCUAAGCACUACAGCAGAGACCCCAGCAGAAAUAUCUUCCACAACUAUAUUCUCUUCUGCCCUCACUGGUUUAGACACUUCAUUUUCAUUAACAUCUGUAACUUCAUCAGCCUCUAGUUCUAUUUCAAAUCCUGUCGACAUUUCUACAGUUACUGACAUGAUAAAUUCCAAUGAAACCAUUACGAUAUCCUCCACAACACUUACAUCUAUCAUACCUAUCACUGUUCCGAACACUACAAUAUCUCAGAUUUCUUCUGCUUUUUCUACACCCAACAUAUCUGUUUCCCCACCAACUACAGCCACAAUAAUUUCUGCUAGUCCUACAAAGACAUCAUUAACUAGCAAAUCCACAGUUAUUGUUGCUACAAUUGUAACAGCAGGAGAUACUUCCUCGAAGAAUACAAACCCCACAGUUAGAAUUACAGCACCCGAAGCUGGCACUGUUUCAGCUACCACAAAAAGUACAUUACCACAAGGAACUUGCACUUCACUUAUUUUUUCCAUACAACUUGAGAAAGUAACCAGUGAAGUGAUACAGUUGAAUUGGACACCUCAAGGUGGGACAAGAGAUAGCCCUUACACUGUAUAUCUGCUGGGGGAUAACACAGUGAGGAAUAAGAGCACUACGAAUGAAACAUGGAUAGCAUUUGGAGAUCUGGUUCCUGGUUAUGAAUAUAUAAUAUCUGUGGAAGUUUUAACUUGUGCUAAGAAGAUCAAUACUUCAAGGAGAGUUCGCACAGAAGCUAAAACAUUUGAUGGAAAAACCAGGAUUACAAAUGAAGAAUUCAAACCUGAGUAUAACAACAAAUCAAGUGAAGAAUUUAAGGAUUUUGAAAAGAAGUUCAUUGCGGAGGUAUUAUAUCCAGGAUUAUUCAAAUAA